UUCUCAUGACUGUCAAAAAAGUGCAAGUAAACAGCUAACCUAACGUUGCGGCAAUUCGUUGUAUUUUUGUACGGAUUUGCUGUUACUCUUUAGGAAACACUAGUUAGUGUACAGUUUGUGCAGUUUGGAUUACUUGCAGGUGGGAAAUAAAGUAGAAAUAUGUCUAUUCUUGCGUACAACGGAGGUUGCGUGGUAGCAAUGAAGGGCAAGAACUGUGUGGCCAUUGCCACCGAUCACCGGUUCGGCGUACAGGCUCAGACGAUCUCGACAGACUUUGAGAAAGUCUUCGAAAUCAAUCCACACAUGUAUCUGGGCCUGGUCGGCCUCCAGACGGAUAUUCUGACCGUCUACCAGCGGUUGCUAUUCCGCAAGAACCUGUACGAAAUUCGUGAAAACCGCCAGAUGACGCCGGAGCGUUUCGCUGCGAUGCUGUCCAACUUCCUGUACGAGAAGCGCUUUGGGCCGUACUUCAUUGAGCCUGUGAUCGCUGGGUUGGAUCCGAAAACCUACGAGCCGUUCAUCUGCAACAUGGAUCUAAUUGGGUGCCCCAAUCUGCCCAACGAUUUCGUCGUGGCCGGAACCUGCGCUGAACAGCUGUACGGAAUGUGCGAAACGCUGUGGAAACCGGAGCUGGAACCGGACAAUCUCUUCGAGGUGAUCUCACAGGCGCUAGUGAAUGCCUUCGAUCGCGAUGCCAUUUCCGGUUGGGGAGCGACGGUCUACAUCAUCGAGAAGGAGAAGAUAACGGUUAAGAAGCUGAAAACACGCAUGGACUAAUCGGUACCAGAGGGGAAGGAGUGGCUCUUCGUUUGGGCUUUGCUUACUUGGUAACACUUUCCGUUUCGUUUAAGAUUGAGCGUUUUUAAUGCGAUCAAUAAAACAAAAAAAGGA